CUAGCAGCGGAAGAAGCACUUGGCGUCAAAAUGGACGUUCUGGUUGCCAUCCAAAAGUUUUCCACAUUUUGAGAUUUUAUAUAUGUUAAAAUGACGACUGUAGAGCCAAACCGCGCAUUUUUUGCAUUUGAAACACAACUAAAAACGUUGUGUUUGAAAGAAUUUCCAUGUGGAGGUGGAUCUUGGAGAGAAACAAAGACAAAGAAUCUUAAAAAACUAAAAACAAAAGAUGAUGUUGAAAGCAAAUAUUCCAUAACACUUAAAGAUUUUGGAGCUGAACAUGAAAAGACUGAAACUUUACAAGAAUAUGUUGGAUCAAAAUUAUCUCCAUGGAAUUUGGACUACAGCUGGAGCGAGGAAGCAAAACAAUUGAGAGAAAUUGCAGUCAAGUCACCAUGGCUUAUAGAUGAUAAUUUUAUACUUAGUCAUUUUAAGACUUUAAGAAUUGUAGAUAAACAAGUAGCAGAAGUAGACAAAGCACUAUUAAAGUUUAGAAAUUUAGAAGAACUGACCUUAAGUGCCAACAAGCUUGUAACAGUAAAUACCAAAAAUCUUCCUCUUUCUUUAAGGGUGCUAGAAUUAUGUGCAAAUCAGAUCAGCGAUUUGUCAGCCCUGUGUGUCAGACCACCAUUACUUAUUCAUCUGGGACUUGGAAUGAACAAAAUAUCCUUUAUGGGAGAUUAUCUGACUGGUGAUUAUUGGCCAAAUCUUUUGUCUUUGGACCUCAGUCAUAAUAAUUUAAGUGAUUUACUAGAUGUUGUAAGAAAGCUUGGAACAUUACCAAAGUUACGGAAUUUGAUAUUGCAAGGCAAUCCAUUAGCAUUAAUAGCUGGUUACCGUGGAUAUACAAUAGAUAGUUUGAGAAAGUUGAAUAUUUUAGAUGAUAUAAUGAUUUCUGCAGAUGAAAAGCACCACUAUAAAGGACUGGCAAGACGGAGAGAAUAUAUACUUGAUGAAGCCAAAGUAACAUUAGAAGUAGGAUAUAUCAAAGGUGUUCCCAUGCCAGAUGAAAUUAAGAACCCUGAUGACCAACCAGAUUAUCCAAUUGUAGAAAGAAAAUACCUUGUACAGUUUAUGUUCCUGGCUGAAACUGUCAGUAAACCUGAAGUUAUGCACAUACCCCAUGAUGAGUUAGAAAUGCCAGGUUUAGGUGGAGAGUCACCCAUGCCCAGUGGGGACCAGUCAACUUAUUCUGGAAUGCCUAAUGGGACAAUAUUGAAAUCUAAGUCUAAAACAAAAAAUGGAAAGAAGACAAGUCCAGCCAUUGCAGAAGAGGAUGAAGGAACUGACAUGAGUUUUAUGGAAACGGCUAAAAAUGUCAAUUUCACCGCAGAACCUGAGGUUGUUAUCGCCAGGGAACCUACAACUGAAUUAGAAAAAUUAGAAGAACAAGACCAAUCUGUAUGUCAGUCAACUCCAGUUCCUGGGCAGCGUGAAGGAGGGGGUUCUCCUGACAAGGAACAACAUAAAGAAGAAGCAGAUGAUGUCAUAAAAGAAAGUCCAUUGAAUUCAGGAAUGGGACCCUGGUCUGAGAACAUCCAAUUAGACUGGUCCCAAGUGGUAAUAAGGGAUGAUCUUUUGGGCCUCAGAAACUUUUUCAAACAAGGAAUGAAUAUCAUGGUCAUGGAAGAAAUGGUUCACUGCACACCUGAUUCUACUGUUGGAUCUGCUGUAUCUAAAUCAGCAUCAGCCAAAGAUAAAAAGGUUCUGUGUACACCCGCUGAUGAGACACCCGAUCUCACUUCUCCUUCAGGACAGAAAAAAGAUAAAAAGAAAGACGAAAAGAAAGAGGAGAAAAAAGAUUUAAAAGGAAAAGAUGACAAGGGAAAAGGAGGAAAGAAGAAGAAAGAACCAGAGAUGGAGUUAAAACGUGGACCACCAUCAUAUACAACACUUGCUAACUUCCAUAUCCCUAUGGAAGAGUUUUUAGAAGGAGAGUAUGAAUUUAAAACAGUGUUUAAGAAAGAUGGCGCUGAACUGGCAGCAGAAUUGUCUGGUGGACCAAAAGGGACAGAAACUGAUAAAAAGGAUGGAAAGAAAGAUAAAGAUAAAAAGAAUAAACCAGGAUCUUCUAAGAAAGACAAAGGAAAAGCAGGUCGAUCGAGUAGAAACACAUCAGCAGGAAGUAAAGCAAGUGUUAACAGCAACAAAAAGGAUAGUGCUAAAAGUUCUACUAAGAGUGUAACAUUUAAGAAAGAUGUGAAGGGAAAGGAACUAAAAAGAUCAGACAGUUCUGAUAAAGACAGCCGAAGAGCUAGUGUUGCAGGGAAAGGAAAGGAUGGCAAAGAUUCAAAGGGUGGCCCUAAAGGUAAAGGAGGAGCUCUGGUAGAAGAAGACAUCGAGGAAAUACCUCCACCACCUCCUCUUGAAGUUGAGGUCAAGGUCAGGUUACAUCACUGGAAAACAGCUAUAGAUUCGUUAAAGGAUGAGGAAGAAAAGAAUAAAAAUAUUGAAGAACAACAAAUUUAAUUAAAGAACUGAAUUGACACAAAAGCAUGCUAUUUAAAACAUGCAAAUUCAUAAAAAAUUGUAGUUGAUAAUCAUACAGCAUAUUCAUUCAUUAUUUUAACCUAUUUUAUUUUGCGCAUCAGGAUUUAUAAAAACCCAAUUAAUUUAAAGCUUUAUUACAUAGCAAUGAAAGUGAACAGUGAAUCUUUGAAAGGCUUUCACAAUAUUGUGUUUGGAUGCAUGAGAUAUACUAUGUAACUUAGAAAUAUUCUUUUCUAAAAUAUGACGACUCUUCAAUAUGUUUUGUAAUUUAAUAAAAGAUAACACUUAA